UCUUAUUUUCUGCCCCUUGUACUUAAUCAAUUGUGUGUCUAGUCAACCCAGAUAGUUUAGUUUCGCUUUGUGUUGUAGCUGUGUGUCAGAAAUCAGUCUAGACAAUCCUAGACAAACAAAGGGUUAAUAUAGUGAAGUAAAAUGCCAGGGAAAUGCUCUCACAGUCCUAUGCUGCACUAAUGCUCACUGUGACUGUCUUCCUCUGACAAUUGUGAGUAAAAAUUAUUACUAUAUAUUCUGGUUUUUAAUUGUCUUUUAAAAAAUAUUAUACAAAUGUGUGUUUUUUCUUAUUCAGACAAUGUUUUUACACUUAUCUACUCAUUUCUAAUAUGAUAGCGCUCUUCUCCUUUUUUCCUCUCUGAUGUAGUUUGUCUUUAUCAUUAAAACAAACUAUUUGUGAGUUAUGUUGAGAAUUUGGAUUACCUAUGAUUAAUAAUCUGUUAGUUAUUUUGAGGACCACAAUAACAACAGCUAUCAGUGUUAUUGCAAUUUCAAUAGAUGUCUAUUUAUGUUACAUUUCCAGCCCCCAAAUCAUGUAACAGUUCGUCACUGUAUUUGUCUUUGUUAUUCUCUCUAGAUCUGAAGUAGAUGUCAAGCCCCUCACAAUGACACUCAAGGUAACCUUGCCAGGAAAACGAAGUGGGCCUACAUUCUCUCAGCUGAGAGUCUUUCUUUGUUUCUUGCUGUAUUGCUGGGUUCUUGCUGAUCCAGUAUGUGGGUACUUCCUGAAAAACUGCACAAUCCGGGGUAAUCUCAGUGACCCCUCUAACAUGAAAGUACUCUGUGGAAAGAGGAACCUAGAAGUCAUACCUAUAGACAUUCCGCUGAAAGUAAGCGUUUUAGAUGUGGCCAUGAAUAACAUUUCCAAAAUCAGAAAGUUUGAUUUUAAAGGCCUAUCAACCCUCAAAAUUCUAAACAUGUCCAGAAACCAGAUCUUUCAAGUGGACGAUGGCGCUCUUGGACACCUAGAGGCUCUUCAAGAGCUGAAUUUGGCUCAUAACAGACUCACAACCCUGUCAGACCAUUUGUUUCAGUGCCUGGCCAACCUCUCCCUGCUACGUCUGGACAACAACCUCAUCACAACCAUCGGGUCUUCAUCGUUUCAGGUUCUCUCCAGUUUGAAGACAGUGAAUUUAACCAAGAACAACCUUUAUAAUAUGAAGGAAGUUCAGCCCAUCAUACAAUUACCAAAUUUACAGGAAUUGUACAUUGGGAGCAACAGAUUCACCUCUUUCCAAUCUCAAGAAGUAUCAAAUACGUCAACAGGGCUGAGGCUUUUGGAUUUAUCCCGUAAUCCAUUGGGAAUCUUCAGAGUCACGUCGGAUGUUCUUCCUUAUCUUGAGGUGUUAGACAUCGCCUACUGUGGCCAACUUGGACGCAUGGAAUGGGAUGUGCUGGACAGGUCUUUUCUGAGAAACAUCAAACGUCUCAACUUGAGAGGAUUGGUAUGGUGCUCCAGACUGUCAACUCUUCAUUAGUCCAUCUGAAACUGUAUGACAUUAGUGAAGAGAGGGUUAAGGCUCUCACUGAUUUUGCCUGCCAUAUACCUACACUUAGCUUGC